AUGGCAUCUGUUGUUUUAGGAAGUCAAUGGGGUGAUGAAGGUAAGGGUAAACUUGUGGAUAUCCUGUGUGAGGAUAUCGAUGUGUGUUGCCGUUGCCAAGGUGGUAAUAACGCUGGUCACACAAUUGUUGUUGAUGGUAAGAAGUUUGCCUUCCAUAUGCUUCCAUCGGGCUUGGUUAACCCUAAGUGCCAGAACUUGAUCGGUUCUGGUGUUGUUGUUCACCUUCCAUCUUUCUUUGCCGAGGUGAAAGAUAUGGAGAGACAGGGCUUGACAUGUAAAGGUAGGUUGUUUAUUUCGUCGAGAGCACAGCUUGUCUUUGAUCUUCACCAAAGAGUUGAUAAGUUGAGGGAGGCCGAGUUGUCGGGCAACAAGAAAUCUAUCGGAACCACUGGUAAGGGAAUUGGACCUGCUUAUUCCACUAAGGUUUCUAGAUCUGGUAUCAGACUUCAUCAUCUUAUAUGCGAUGAGCCUGGUGCAUGGGAUGAUUUUGUUGCUCGCUACACCAGAUUGGUCGAGACCCGUUUCAAGAGAUACGGAAAAUUCGACUAUGAUUUGAAGGCUGAGAUCGAGAGGUACAAGAAGUACAGAGAGUUGAUCAGACCUUAUGUUAUAGAUUCAAUUCCAUUCAUGCACAAAGCAUUGGCUCAAAAGAAGAGAAUUUUGAUUGAGGGUGCCAAUGCAUUGAUGCUUGAUAUUGACUUUGGUACGUACCCUUACGUUACCUCUUCGAACACCGGAAUUGGUGGUGUCUUGACUGGUCUUGGUAUCCCACCACAGGUUAUCAAGAACAUUUAUGGUGUUGUGAAGGCAUACACUACUAGAGUUGGUGCUGGUCCAUUCCCAACCGAACAGUUGAACGAGCUGGGUGACAAGUUGCAGCAAGUUGGUCACGAAGUUGGUGUUACCACGGGUAGAAAAAGAAGAUGUGGAUGGUUGGACUUGGUUGUGUUGAAGUAUUCCACAUGGAUUAACGGCUACACUUACUUGAACCUUACGAAGUUGGAUGUUCUUGAUACAUUCAAAGAAAUUAAGGCUGCCGUUGGCUACAAGUACAAGGGUGAACUUCUUGAAUCGUUCCCCGAGGACUUGCGCGUUUUGGGAAAGGUUGAUGUCGUUUAUAAGACAUUCCCAGGAUGGGAACAGGACAUCACAAACGUCAAGAGAUACGAGGACUUGCCAGAGAAGGCAAAGACUUACUUGAAAUUUAUUGAAGACUUCGUCGGUGUUCCAAUCAAAUACGUUGGUACAGGUCCAUCAAGGGACUCUAUGCUUGAGAAGCAGUGA